CUGAACAAUUAACCGGCAAGGUGUAUCCCUUCAAGGUGUAUUAUACGAUGACGUCGUCGGCAGUGCUCGGAGCUGCCACGGGCACGGGCCUGGCGCUGCUGGUGGCGAUGACUAUCGUCGUGUACCGGUACUACGCGUCGCGACGUUGGGGCAAGGAGUGGAACUACAAGGGCAGUUGGACCGCCGGCCCUGCCACGUACUACUACCGCACCAACAAACCGGCGGGGCAGCAGGCCUACGUCACUACUCAGAAGGUAUUCAACGUGCCGAAGGAGCAGCACGUUGUACAACCUGUGACAACAGUAGCAGCACAUUCGGUCAACACUGAACUUCUUCACUCUCCUCUGGAAGUGUCUGCUGGUGCAGUUCUCACCCAUCAGUCCCGUAGCUAUCCUGGGGUCCAAGGUCAUCUGUCUCGCACUCCAUCUGUGUCCUCUCAGAGUAGCCUGGAUAGCAGCAUAUCAAAGCAGAGCCACCGAGGGUCUUCUCCUCAGAUCCGAACAUUUGCUCCAGACGGCAGAGGCGUUCUGGCAAGAGUUGCUACUACCACUGAACGUGAACCUCCUCCACGAUCUCCUUCCCCUCACAGAUCUCCUUCAUUUGACUCUCGAGCCCCUGGUUCUCCUGGGGGAGAGAUUCGCACUCCAUCUCCUUCGCAGUCUUCACUCGUCUCUGUCUGUUCAUCCCCUAUACCCCAGUCACCCAGAGCUCGAUGUCUAUCUCCUCUAUUGCUACCUCCGAGGAAUCAAGUACAGGAACAGCCUCCAGCCUCGCCCCUGGGCACCCUACAACCUGACCUCUAUCAGAAACGAGAGGGUCCUCUCUUCCUGCAGGGACAGAGAGGAGGGCCCUCUCUUGGAAGACUUCACCUUCGACUGAAGUAUGACUUUGACCGAUCGGAUCUUCAUGUUCAUCUCAUUGAAGCCCAUGAUCUUGCAGGCAGUGGCCAAGGAGGGUUCAAUGACCCUUAUGUGCGUCUCACGAUGUCGCCAGAAGUUGAUUCCCGAAAACGUCAAACUGCCAUCCACAGAAAUGAUCCAAACCCGUUCUUUGACCAACAUUUCAAGUUUCCUGUCUCUCAUGAAGAUUUGAAAGACAAAACUUUAAUUCUUCAGGUGUUUGACUAUGAUCGAUUUUCAAGGAACGAUGUUGUGGGAGAGGUGAGGGUUAACAUGCUCGACCUGGAUGUAACCUCGAGCGUGGAAGUUUGGGGUGACAUCACUAAACACAAGAAGCCUCCAGAGGAACUCCAGGAGGUGCUGUUGUCACUAAGCUACCUUCCGUCUGCCGAGAGACUCACAGUAGUCUUGCUCAAAGCGAGGAAUCUCUUCCGACCUAAGAACAAGGAAACCAUUGAUCCAUUUGUCAAGGUUUAUCUACUGAGCAGUGGAAAAAGGGUGAAGAAGAAGAAGACUGCUACAAGAAAGGCAAGCACAAACCCUGUUUGGAAUGAAGCUUUGACAUUCAACAUUUCAUCCGCAAAUCUAGCAAAUUCAGCUAUUGAGGUCUGCGUGAUGGACGGGGCAGGAGGCAGUGACCUGAUGGGCAGCACUCCGUUGUUGGGUUGCUGCGUAGUGGGGCCCCACGAGGAAGGUGCAGGUCAGGAUCACUGGACGGAUAUGACCCAGAGCCCGCGCAAGGCUGUGGCCAUGUGGCACACUUUACGAUAGAAGCAGGAAAGCGCAAAGUCACAUCCUGAAUACACGAGAAAUUGCAACAUUUUGAGCCGAAUUUAGCAAACCUGCAGUAUGAAGAAGCGAGGAUCCAAGAGAAGUUGUUGUUAUUUGGAUUUCAACGAUGGAUAUAAAGUUAAAGAGUGUCUUAUAAGUCACUUUAUGGAAUUAGAAAUCCCUUUUAAAGGGAUUGUUUCCUUUAAGUUAAAUCUUACGUUAAUUGUAUUAUAUCGAUUGUUUCAAAAUUCGAGUAUUGUUUAUCAAGGCAAAGUUUAGCAACACCAGCACAGAAAUUAAUUGUAACCUUAAAUGUUUGUUUUAGCACUGAAAACAAUAUAAGCAGUUUUAUGUAGUAUACCUAAAGGAAAAUGUAUUUCAAUAUCAGGCAGGAUUCAUAUUACUUUUAAAAUGUUGGUAAAUAAAUAAGUAGUGUAUGUAAGCUUUUGGAAAGUAUUGUUUGUGUUAACAUUCAACCCAUUGCUUUCAAAAAGUUUUUUUAAGAAAUGUCCUCUCAGGUUGGCUGGCCAUUCUGAUUCCUUUGCUGCAUCUGAAAAAAUAGGGUAUAAAGAAAAAUGUAAUGGCUAACUGUCAUUCCAGCUGUGCUGGAAAUCCAGGCUCAGGGAACAAAACAAAUUAUAAAUAUUACCGAGCUAGCAAAGGAAUGAUGGUGGCCAUCCAAGCGCAAAGGGUUAAUAUUUUUGCAUCUGAGUUUAGGAACAACUCAAUAAGCAAGGUAGCAAAUAAAACAAUAGCCCCGAAUUAGUAUAGGCUAUUUUUAUAUUGAUAAUCACUAUCUUUGUUUAGAUAAACAGUCUUAAGUACUUAGUGUUAUGAAAUCACAACAUAAAAAGGACAAAAUUUCAAUUUAUAUGAGUUAUGAAAUGUAGCAGCCCAGUCCAGUGUUGUUUUUAUGAAAUAGAAUAAAAUAGGCUAAUUACUUGUUUUAUGACUGACUAA